GAACACGGCGUUGCUGCGCAUUUGAUAAUGAGCCAAUCAAGCCCAACUAAUCCUACUAGCUCCCAUCCCAGCCAACCUCGCCUCUCCAUCGAGGUGCACGUUAUUUCCCCAUCCCCAUUAAGUCCUCCAAAACUAUUCUGUAAAUACAACUUCUAAGUUCUCGUAUUCCUAGUCCACUUGAUUACUCUAUCGUAAACUCUUCUGGCGCCAUGGGCCGCGCCGAGCCAUCCGCCGGCAUCGCCCCACAAGCUCACAGGAAAAACGUGCGAGCCAAGCUAGCAAAGGCCAUUAUCAACAAAACCAUUCCAGCGAUUACAAGUAAAAAUGCAAGAGCGGCGAAAGGGGUAAACGAGUCGACGUUGGUCAUAGAUCCGCCAGCUGCGGGGCAAAGAGAUGGAUCGGGAAGGACGAAAGACACACGUGCUGGUGACUUUGAAGACUUGAAAGGAAAAGGAAAGAGUAAGAUCAAGGCUAAAAGUAAGAGCAAGAGAAAGGGCAAUGAGGUGGAUUUCGAGGAAAAGGUGCAAGAUCACGAGAUACCUAAAGUAGUGAAAAGCUCGAAGGACAAGAUUGAGCCUCAGCCGAGAGGAAAGAUCAGAAUCCGUAUACUACCUACUGAUACCCUGACUGCUGCUCUUCAUAUCUCCGCCCCGACGAAACCUAAAGAUCAUUUCCCGCACUCGAAUGUCACAAUUCUCAACAUGGCUUCGCCCCUCCGACCAGGCGGGGGCAUCCUGACAGGUGCAACUUCACAGGAGGAAUUUCUCUGUGCGCGCACAACUCUCCUCCCCUCUCUGCACGAGCGCUUCUAUCGUCUCCCCACCAUCGGGGGUAUCCUUUCACGUGACGUACUGGUCUUCCGCGGGGCAGGGGCUCUGGACACGCCUGAGCUGCCGGUGAAGGAGCGGUGGUGGGUUGAUGUCGUGAGCGCGGGGAUGUUGCGGUUUCCGGACGUGGCCGAGGAAGAGGUAGAUGGAGAGAUGGUGAAGCAGUAUCUAAGCACGAAAGAUAGGGAGACAGCGAAGAAGAUGAUUAGGGCAGUGAUGCGGAUGUGUGUGAUGACUGGACGAAAGAAGGUGGUGUUGGGUGCGUGGGGUUGUGGAGCCUAUGGGAAUCCGGUUAUGGAAGUUGCGAGGGCGUGGAGGGAGGUACUGCUAGGAGAGGGAGAGAGCUGGGAACCGGUCGAGGAGGUCGUGUUUGGGAUUCUGGACAGGAAGAUGGCCGGAGAGUUUGCGGUGUGGUUUGGGAAGGGGGUGGACGUCGAGGAUGAGGAGGUGCCUAGGGUUAAGAAGAAAUUGGAUCAGGUUGACAGGGAAGAUGAAGUUGAUGAAGAAGAGGAUCGGGAGGAGUUGAGGAUCAAGAUCAAGGAGAUGGAGGAUCGCAUUGAGCGGGUCAAGGUUCCGCAGCUGAGGGCAACGCUGGAGGGAGUUUUGGAUGGGAUGAAAAAGCAGUUAGCUGAUAGGGAGGGUGGCCAUCCCAGUGAGCAUAGCGAGACUGUUUCAAGCGAUGGAGAUAGCUCGCAGGAGGCGCUGGAUCUCGAGGAUGACGAGGAAGAGCUUGAUGGCGAAUCGGAUGAGGAUGAAUGAUAUCCUAGCCGAACCUAAUAAUAAUGACGCCUUGGUCUUAGGUACCUGAGGGAGUCUAUUGCCUUUCGGAGUGAUAAUCUUCCACCUAAUUCGAAUUUCAAAGGCAUGUUGAAGCACUGCAGGCAGCAUUGUGAGAGAGAGAGAGUGCGAGCAACCACGUCAUAAGUGAGUCUCGCUUCGUCUCCGCCUCCACAUGGUUGCUUCACUGCUUUUAGUUUCUUCACCUCUGAAAGUGUCCUCUGAUCCUCAUCGCCUUUAACCCCCUCAACUACCCAUCCACCGCCGUCCUCUCCGCCGCCGCAACUUCCCCAUUCGUUAAUCUCUCUUCACGUUCUCCUAUGCUAUGUCAUCUACGUGAAAUUCGGUAAAUUCUCUCCUGCCAAUUCGUUCUCUAGACACCUUGCGAAGCGCGGCUUGCCACCCUCCUCCUGCGCUUACACCACUUGAUCUAUUCCUCCUCCAG